CACGUUUCCCAUUUUUCGGAAAAGUUUUAUUUCUGCAAAAUAUUUGUUAAAAAUGACUACUCUCAACGAACUUACCGACGAUUAUAUUGAUCUGUUUAUUGCAAAGUUGAAAGCUGAUAUCGAUACUAAGUCGUCAUCCAUGCCAGCUAGAAGUCCACCCCCUUUGUCACCAGCUUCCACCGAAAAAACAGCUGAUAAUCAGUCUUCACUUCUUCAGAAAAUCGAUAUUGUAUCUCUUCCAUGGAUCAUUGAAACAACAUUUUAUUGAUUGAUUUAUUUAUUGAUUAUAUAAAAUUUAUUAAAAGAGA